AUGUCCACUGAUUUAUCAAGAGAGGAUGCAGAGCUUCCAUCAGGUCCCUUGAUUCUUGAACCCUAUUUGCCGCCGAGAUAUGCGCGAGUAGCUCAUCUGGAGUCAUACUCUUAUAUGUUCGCACCACCCAUCGCCGAACGGAGUAACAAACCAGCCCCUCUCCCCCUCCCCCCCCCGCCAGACGACGGUUUCAGCAACGUGAGUGACGUCGUGACGCGCAAGAUCUCGACGACGAUCGGCUGGCACGCAGCGUCCGGGCAGAAGCGUGGUCACGCAGGCAAGUGUCUCGCCACGCAGUACAUCCGGUCGAGACUGAAGCGCGCGGGCCUCCUGCACAAGAAGCUGGGGCUCCAACGGCUUCGCUCCGUGGCAACACCUCGCGCGGAAUGGGAGGUGUGCGAGGUGUUCCCCCGCGUGUCAGGAAUCGGACAGGAACUCGAGCGCACGCAUCCUAAACUCUACAACUCGGUGGCACGACAGCUGUCAAUCACCCUCACAUCAGACAAGGUCGUGAGGUGGGUUUUAGUGCAGGUGGCCCACCAUGUCUUCCGAGGCGAGGUCAACUGGGCCAGGAUUAUCUCCCUGUUCGCUGUGGCCGCCGGGUUAGCCUCCGACUGUGUCAAGCAAGGGCACCCGGAGUACGUGGCGGGUGUCAUCGACGUCAUGGGCAUCGUCACGGAGCGCCACACGGCCCCGUGGAUAGCCUCGCAAGGGGGAUGGGCGCAGCGAGGGAAACCAGCGGCAGAAGCGUGCCCCGAGUUCGAGCUGGCGGUGACUCUGCUUCUCACGUGGGAGGCGGACGGCGUUGCCACACACUGA